GCGAUACUUAUUAUAUAGCAUACAAUAUGUAUUUUAUUCAGUUAUGAAUUGAGUGGUUCCAGAAUAGUUUUAGUAUUUGGCAAGCAGAAUGACUUAAGUCUGUGGCCCCAUUAAUGUAAUAACAUGGAUAAUGUUCAUUUUAACUGAACAUAAUUUUAAUAGAGCCUUUAAUUUAAAUCAGUUUCAAAAACCAAGAAAACUAGGUUUCAUUUUUUGAACAUUUCAAACUACAGAAGGAACUGAAUUUUUAGGAAUGACCAGUAUCUGCACGGUUUAUUAUGUAAUCAUUAUAAUGCACCAACAACCUUAAGCGCCCCACCAAUCUCUUGCCUGGAAAUAUUCUUCUCGCACGGCAUUGGCCAAAAUUCACUCAACUUGCAAAGAAGCUCAAUUCUGAUUGGUCAAUUUGCCUUGAGCGGAAACAGAUGAUGCACUUUUCAGUUGAUCUCUGCGCAAUGGCGGAGGUCAGACUGCGGUUCGGGAGAGGGGCUAACAAGCUUUUAAAACCGCAAAAUCUCCCGCUUUUGGAUAAAGACGGUAAGCCGGUUUCAGCGGCAGCUUUAAUAAAUUCGCCUCAGCUCUGUGAGAUUCGAAAUGAAGCAGCUAAAAGACCGGCAGCUCUGGAGACUCCAAAAGGGACUGUAAACACACCUUUUACCGGUGCUUGUGGCGAUGCAGACCGCGUGAAAGUGCCGCUGGACCUCCAUUCUGGAAAUGUUAGUAACAUUACAUGGACUGAGCGCCAUGGUUUGAAAUCUAAGGCAUCUCCAGUCCAUGUGUGCUCCUGGAGGAGCUCGUGUUUGGGAAGUCAUGGAAAACUCCCUCUCCUGUCCAGCCAUACUGGCACACACUUUAAGCGCCAGCUAAGGAGCUCCAUCUAUAAAAAGACUCUUUAUGGACCUCCAAAUGAUUAUUUAUGGCAGUUUAUCUCUUUAACAAGAGCUUAUAGUGGCACACAGGCUAAAGGCAGUCCGUUGUACAAAUCAAAGUCUGCUUAUUAUGAUAUUUUGGAAGUUUCUCCAACCGCCACGCACACACAAAUCAAGACUGCUUACUAUAAGCAGUCUUUCAUAUAUCAUCCAGACAAGAACGCAGGGAGCGAGGACGCCGCGUUCAAGUUCUCUCAGAUCAGCGAGGCGUACAAUGUCCUGGGCAGUAAAGCUCUGAGGAGGAAAUACGACCGUGGGAUCCUGAGUCAAGCAGACCUGCUGGGAACCAGCAGACCCACCGGCAGAGAGAGUCCAGCAUCAGGACAGCAGAGCAGAACCCGUCACUCCCCAUCUGUUGGAGUCACCCAGCAGGACAUCUUCGACUUUGAUGCCUUCAUCAGAUCCCACUAUGGAGAACAGCUUAAGAGAGAGCAGGAGAUCCGGCAGCGCAGAGAAGAGAUCAUGAGGAAGGAGGAGGAGCAGGUUGAGGAUCUGAAACUGGGCAGGAUGAAGGAGAUCACCAACUGUAACAGCGCUGGGAACAGAAUACAAGACUACAUGAUGAUACACAAAGGAAAAAACCAACCAAACUAAAUACAUAUCAAGAGAACAAAGUGGAAGAGUCUUUAUUCAGGUAAAAUGGAGGAUUCAGCUCCAUCUUGUGGUUCAAAACCAUGACACAUAGAAAAAUAAACCAUACAACUGUCGUUAGCAGGUGUAAGAGGGAAAGUGUCACCAACAAACUAAUGGACAAAAGGACUGUGCUAAACCGAGGUUCUACCUGAGCUUUGAGAGACCUAAGGAGAAUCUAUAGGAUACCAGCUUGUGUUGGGAGCUGCCUGUCAUAUUUCAUUACAAGGCUUCAUAUUACCCAUAUUACAGCAUACAGAGCAACAACAGAGAGAGAUAAAGAUCUGAACGUCAUGAUCAAGACAUCCCAUUUCCAAAGGUUGUUGGUCGAAAUGAAUCGUGAUAACUUGGUUAAAGUGUUGCUCUCGCUGAGACAGAUGUAUAAUCGUCGUGCUCGCCUCACAUGUAACACAACUACACAACUUUAAAAACAAAACAAACAAAAAAAAACAAAAAAAGAGAAAAAAUCUCCAUCUGGGAUACAAUGAAACAAACUGUGGCUGUUCAGAACAUACUGUCUCAGGUGAAGAAAGAACAUACUGUCUCAGGAAGUGACGUACGUGUGAGGGAAUAAACGAGGUAACAAUGAUGACAUCACUAACGAACUAAGCUACGGACGAAUAUCUACAUUAAUGCUACUCGUGACUACCAAUGUAAUAUCAAUAAUGAUGAUCUUUUUUUGUUGCUUUGUUUUUCUUUUUUUCUUUUUUUGUCUUUUUCUUAAGAAAUCAUAUAAACGUGCUGUCUGUGCAGUCGUAUGUUGAUGUGUUAUUUAGUCAUCUGCAAUACUUUCCAUAGAAAAAUAUUUGCAAAAAGCAGAGAAAAAGUGCUGGACAUCUGCAUCGAGAAUCGUCUGGAGACUCUAAGUGUUCUUCUAAGUGUUUCAUGCCAUGAUAUCAACAGUACGGUUACGGUUUCAGUCAGUGAGAACGUGACAGACAUAAAAAAGCGUCUUUAAUAUAGACCAGAUCUGAAUGUGCUCCUAAACGUGUGUUUUUCUUCGUAUGUGUUCAAUUGAAAUCACAUAUUCGUGAUCAGAAAAGAGUCUUUACAAGUUGAUUUGUCUGGUCUGACAAUUUGGUCCACACUACAGUAUAGUCUACAAAUCAUUUCAAGAGUUUCCACAUGCCAGAUCCAUCUGUUUGAACUUCCUCCAGCAUGGUCAAAAAACAUCUAAUGAAUGCCUAGAAAUGAUUCAAACGACAUUUGGGACAAAGAAAUGUGAAGUUAACCGAUCGAAAUUGCCAUUGUAAAAACUUUGGUUUUUUUUUAAUAACCAAGCCUGAAUCCUGGGACAGCUGUUUUCUCUCAGAUAAAACAAUACAGACACCCUAAAGUACAGAAAAUUUAUGACCUGAGACUAGAUGAGACCUUAUUAUUAAACUUGCUGGCGAAAAUUUCUAAAACGUGGUAUGAUCUGACACGCGAUACUUCCAAUCGCUUAUUUGGAAUGAAGACGACGCGAUUAUAAUAGCGAACAGUUUUCAGUGAAGGCACUCCAAUGUUAGACGUGGAGAGAAAGUUCGAGAAACAGUCACGGGCUUUCGACGUAUUAUUCGUAUAUUCCGAUAAAAACAUUGGUUCAUGAAGUAUCUCUCUGUGCUUUCGUUAGGUUAGGUCUUCAAGAGACAAAUUUGAUUUGAAUCAUUCAUUGGCACACAUAAAAAAGGCCAAAGGUAGUUUUAAGCCGACGUUGUUCUUUAAGAUUCGUCGGCGUAAAUUUUAACGCAACCGAACCACAUCAAGCGAAUUUCAUUCCCACUAAAAAAAUAAAAUAAAAAGUCCAAUUCCUCAAGGUGCAGCUCAAAGCGACAGCUAAUUUCAGUGACGUUAACUACCAGUUGUUCACUGGCUCAUUAUAGCAACUAAACUUGAUUGCGAUUUAUAAACGUAGGUAAUCUCAGGACGUUCGCAGGUUAAUUAAUUACCUGAAAACCCAAUUCAAGAGCAUCAAUCGGUUUGCCUUUGUAGAGUGAAUACAACCAAACGCAGUUCAUCUUGAAUUGUCAUCUUUAAAAAUUGUUAAAACAUCUAAAAUGCGUACUAAUUAAAAUCAUUAAUGCAAUACAUAGAAUUCUGCUUCCUUUGUCAAUGUAGUAACUGUUCAUCCAGCUCACUAACAGAGUAAAAUAUAUGAAAAAAAAUGAAAAAAAAAAAGAUAAUCUUCAGAAUUAAUCAAUGGACAUGUAUCAAAAGUACAUCAUUUAAAUGUAAUCCAAUACUGCCGGCAGUCUAUUAGUCUAAAAAUAUGUAACCUGACCUUUUAUAGUCCCUUCCAUUACAAAAAAAAAGAACACGUAUAACAAUAUAAGACAUCAAUAUGUAAAAGACAGCAUCUAUAAAUAAGCAAACCACACCAACAAACAAAAAAAUAUCUACCAUUAGUUUAUGCGUGUAAAUAAAAAGAACUUAAAUGUACUAUGUGAUAUGCUGCAGGACUGCUAAAUAGCUUAGGGACGUGAGGAGGUGUUUGCUUCCACUGCCUGUGGCGAGUAGUAGUAGUAAUAUACAAAUAUAAAUCGCUCUUGUCAACAAUCACACACACACA